ACAACUUGAAAGCGCUUCAUUCUCAAUUCAUUCACGAUAACAAUGGCGCCGAAACCCGCAGAGAAGAAGCCCGCCGAGAAGAAGCCUUCAGAGGAGAAGGAGAAGAAGACCGUGGCCGAGAAAGCUCCUGCCGAGAAGAAACCCAAGGCCGAGAAGCGCCUCCCGUCGAAGGACGCCUCCUCUGGUGACAAGAAGAAGAAGAAGGCCAAGAAGGGGAUUGAAACCUACAAGAUCUACAUCUUCAAGGUCCUCAAGCAAGUCCAUCCUGACAUUGGGAUCUCUAGCAAAGCCAUGGGGAUCAUGAACUCCUUCAUCAAUGAUAUCUUUGAGAAGCUCGCUCAGGAGGCUGCUCGUCUUGCUCGCUAUAACAAGAAGCCUACCAUUACGUCUCGGGAGAUCCAGACUUCGGUGCGUCUUGUUCUUCCUGGUGAGCUUGCGAAGCAUGCGGUUUCUGAAGGGACUAAGGCGGUGACGAAGUUUACUAGCUCUUGAAUUAUCCGAUUUCUCUAGUGUUUUGUUUCGUUGGUGUUGCCCUUUUUAUCUUGUGUAAUAUAACUAAGCUUUGGGUUGAAAGAUGAUGUCUUUUUGCUUAAAAGUGUCUCCUUUUCGUUAUUGUUUUAUUUACGUGAGUUGGUGAAUGGUUGGUUAUUGUUGGUUUUGGGUUACCAUUCUUAUCUGGUUUGUGGGUAGUUUAUAAAAUGGUAUCACAUGGAUUAAUGUGAGGA